AUGUCCAACCUACGUCAAAGCCGUAGGCAGCAACAUCUGACCCCUGAACGUCGGGAGGAAGACGACAUAGACUGUCGAGGGACUAAGCGCCGCCAAUCUGUCACGGACCAUACCGGCCAACGAGCUGAGAACGGACGGAUGGAACCACAGGAUGGAGAGGUUCAUCACCCAGCAACGGCUAACAAUAGACAGGCAUCUAAGACACCCAGGGGUGAUAUCAGCCUAACAAAGGAAGACGUUGUAAUUAAUGACGAGGCCAAAGGAUAUCCCGACCUGCGUGCGGACAGGGGGCAGUCCAUUACUGGUGAACAUGUAGCUAGUAGUAGGCUGUCCUCCUGUUCGUCUUCGGGUAUCUCUGGUGCCUCAUCUUCCGGUAACGAGCAACCACGCAUCCCACCCAAUAAGCGUAGGCAACACCGCCGUCGUUCCAACAACAAGGGCACAGUGCAGGGCCAGUCGUCGACAAAGAAGCUAACCGAGCUCAUGGCACAACAACAGUCGCUCUUGGAGAAGUACGAACAAAGGCUGAAGCGUACAUCUUCAGAACGACCUACGACAGUGCUGUCCGCGCACGAAGCGUUGACUAGCCCACAUAAACGGGGGCAUAGGGCACGAGGUAGGGAGGACAAUCCCACGUUUCGUAUCCAAGGCCGUUCACAACAGCACCAUGGACUCGGGUACGAAUCACCUGGGUCGGCAGAUCAACUCUCCAAGGAGGAAGAGACUUUGUCGUCUCUGGAGGAGGCUCCGUCAUUCCAAGAAUUCGCACGUGAGUAG